UGUCGCUGUUUGCUAGCUCGCUCACUAGGUAGCAAACAGAGCAGGGCGCCACCAUGUUUCACUCCUGUCAGCGACAAAAACAUCGCCCGUUGCUGUGUUGUUUACUUUUGGCCGUGUACCUUACGUCGGUGCCGGCCAAGCGGGACAGCCUCCGGGAAGUCACCGACGGUAACUGGGAGGACAUCCUGACCGGAGAAUGGAUGAUUGAAUUCUACGCACCCUGGUGUCCUGCCUGCCAACAGCUGCAGCCGGUCUGGAAGGAGUUUGCGGACUGGGGGGAGGACAUGGGGGUCAACAUAGCCAAGGUGGACGUGACGGAGCAACCAGGUCUUAGCGGGAGAUUCAUCAUUACAUCACUUCCGACAAUUUAUCACUGCAAAGACGGCGUCUUCCGCAAGUACCAGGGCGCUCGCACCAAAGACGACUUCCUCAGCUACAUCGACGCGCAGAAAUGGAAAGCGGUGGAGCCAGUUUCUUCCUGGUUCGGGCCGUCGUCUUUUCUAAUGAACUCGAUGUCUGCUCUCUUCAAGCUGUCCAUGUUCAUAAGGCGUUGCCAUAACUACAUGACGGAACAACUGGGGAUUCCCGUGUGGGGCUCGUACGUCAUCUUCGGCCUGGCCACGCUGUUCUCUGGCCUCGCUCUAGGACUGCUGCUGGUGUUCAUCGCCGACUUUGUCUUCCCAUCGAGACGAUUCUCCUCCCCUGACUACUACCAGAAGAAGCAAACGCUGGAUCAGGCCAGGUUGAUCCAGCAGCAGGAGGAGGAGCACGAGGCCGACGGCGAGGAGGAGGAGGAGGACGACGAUGAAGAGGAGGAGGAAUACGAGGAAGGCGACUCGGGCGACGUGUGGAGGACGCGGCGGCGGAGGGGCUCCCCAGAGGGACACCCGGAGCUUCAAGGGCCCGCCUCGUCGGGCGACGCCCUGAGGAAGAGGGUGGUGCUCAGCCGCCAGGACAAGGAGGAGGAGGAAGACGAGGAGGACACAUAAGAGCGGUGUUGUCACAUGACCCCGUGCUCGUCGACGGGCGAGGGGGGGGGGUCGAGCUGAUGUGGGGGAGACUCGCACUUUGCGAAAUUGUUUACAAUGCGAGGCUUUUUUUUUUUUUUUUUUUUGCCUUUCCAGCCUCCCCUCCCAAGGUAGACCACCGUCUCCUUCUCCUCCUCCUCCUCCUCUUCCUCCUUUCUCAUCCCUCGCUCCACACACUGGCGGCGCUCUGGCAGCACCAAGUUAACAAAGACGUGGAAACAAACUUGACUGGUGGAGUUUGCAGUGUUGUUUUUGCUAUGCAUCUUAUACGGUAUAUAGUAUACACCAGGGGUCACCAACGUGGUAGCCCCCACGACCACAUGAGGUGCCCGCAAGCCUGCUUUUCAUUCAGGUUUCCAGUUAAUAAUGAAAGAAGAGUAGAAAGAAAUGCAUUGUGAAAUACAACAUGUGAGUUGUGGACACCAGCAUUUUGUUCAUGUUCUGGUAAAACAAGCAUAUUCGCUUUGUUUGGCUUUAAAAUAAGCUCUGAAAAAUAAAUGUUAGAAAAAUGAGUAGCUCUUGGCCAUUUUCAUUUUGUAAAAGUAGCUCUCACAAGGACAACCCUUGGUGACCCCUGGUGUACACAUACUGUACAUUUACAUGUUGGACUCCAUCUACACCAUUCAUGCAGGACUUCAUUCCUUCAAAUCUCAUCUGUAAUGUGUUGAACCUAUUUAUUUCUUUAUUCAUUUCAUGAAAUGAACAACCACAUCCUUGUUUAGUUCAAUCAAUAAUCUAAUAAAUAGCAUUUCAUAUAUUUAGCCUGAGAUAAAUAAAUGGGUUCAAUGUUGUUGAUGGAUAGUAUUAUUCAUGUAUGGUGAAACUGGCCUUACAUUCCUUUCAUUUGACAAAACUCUCCUUUACCCGAUAGCGUUUUUGGAGCAAGUUUAAAAACGACGAGACUCCCCUUCGGCUUUAUUUAAGCUCACAAAGAAGAAUCCGGGUCAGAACCGUAUUCACUCCAGAUGAAUAACCCGCCAGUUUGCCAGUUCAUAAAAAUUCAGUGCAAAUAAAGUCAUUGCAAAAACAUUCUCCAGCAAAAUGCAUGUCUUUCAAAAUGCAGUUUGUUAAAAUGCAACACUUUAAGAUUUGGUUUAUUUAAAAAAAAUACUUUUUGUAAAAAAAAAAACAAAAAAAAAUCCGUUCAUAAACAUUCAGUGUCAAAAAAGUUCAGUGCAACUAAAGUCAUUGCAAAAAAUUCUCAAGCAAAAUGCAUGUUUGAAAAUGCAGUUUGUUAACUUGGUGUUUUAAGUUUUGGUUUAUAAAAAAAAAAUCUGUUCAUAAAAAAAAAUUCAGUGCAAAUAAAGUCAUUGCAAAAAAUUCUCCAGCAAAAUGCAUGGCUUUCAAAAUUCAGUUUGCUCAAAUACAAUGCUUUAAGAUUUGGUUGAAAACAAAAAUCCAUUCAUAAAACUAUUCAGUUUAUAAAAAUUCAGUGCAGAUAAAUUGGAAAAAAAUUGCCAAGCAAAAUGUGUUUCAAAAUUCAUUUUGUCAAAGUACAAUGCUUUGAGAUCCACUUUAUAAAAAUUCUGUGUAAAAUAAAUGUGAUGAUUCAAAACAUAUUAGCAGUUUUUGUAAGACCCAUGCCACGUGACCACGCACUUUCUAUCUGCUUGCUUCGGCCUUCAUGUACAGUCUGAGUUUUGAAACAUCACAUGCACUUGCACUGAUUUGUUUGGGGUUUUUUUGCACAGAAUUUUGAUCUACUAAAUUUUAAAACACCGUAUUUCAGUAAAGAGAAUUUUUGAACACUGCAUUUUAAUAAGCUGGAUUUCAAAGCACACGCAUUUUGCUUGCACAAACUAAAUUGCCAUAUUUUGAUGUAAAAAAAAAAACGAAAAAAUCCGAGCUUGAGUUACAUGAAUUUAGUGUCUUUAUUUCCAGUUACGGGACAGUCGUGAGGCGGUGGGACCUUCUCCGCAAGAGUACGAGCUCCUUUCAUCCGUGAGCGUGUGCGCGUCGUCUUCUGCAAAUCAGUUGCACGCCUGCACUUUUUCGUGACCGUGGACCGCCGAGGCCCGGUCACGUUCUUGAUCCAGGAAUACAACAAAUAUAAGUUGAGUAACUUGUUAAAGCUGAUGUCAUAAAACCCGAUUUAUCUGAACUGAGAGAACGUUUCAAGUGCAUCGUUGGCGUUCGUGCAUCCGCGUAACGUGAAUAUCAAUUCCAUCUCCUUUUGUGUCACAUAAAACCAAAAAGGAGCAGCGUCUGUGUCAUGGAUUAUUACUUUGAACUCAUUUCAUUCGUUUUGCUGAUGUUUUUUUUAACGACAUACAAUUAACUGUUCAAUCAUUCGGGUCAUGAGUGAAAGGUGAUUUUUUAAAUGUAAUUUUAUAGGACAUAGAAGCUGACCGCUAUUUAUGGCUUGUAGCAUUCACACUUGUUUGGACAUUUCUUUUAAUAAACAACUUGGAAACAC